ACUGAACUGAUUCCCCUCAUCACAGACAAGCACACAUACACAGUCACUGCCUGCCUGCCUGCCAGCGAUUCAGACGAGGGCGUAUGGACUCUGAAUGCAUUUCCCACUGCCCGUGAUCGUACUUUUCUCAUCACGCAGGGAUUAUCGUUGAGUUCACACCUCGAGCAAUCACCGCUUCGCAUUUUCCCGCUGCAUUUCUCCAUCUGAAGGCCUGUCACGGAGUAAAGUGGCUCGGCGAGCGUGUGUUUAGACAGCGGAGAGAGAGCAGCAGUGUGUCCCCGAUGGCUGGCUGGAAGGACGGCUCAGUGCAGGAGAAAUAUCGCCUGGUGGUCGUCGGAGGUGGUGGCGUCGGAAAAUCAGCCUUAACCAUCCAGUUUAUCCAGUCAUACUUCGUCACAGACUAUGACCCCACGAUCGAAGACUCCUACACAAAGCAGUGUGUGAUCGACGAAAGGCCUGCGCGGCUGGACAUCCUGGAUACAGCAGGACAGGAAGAGUUUGGAGCCAUGAGAGAACAAUACAUGAGGACAGGGGAGGGUUUCCUCCUCGUCUUCUCUGUCACAGACCGGGGAAGCUUUGAAGAGAUCUACAAGUUUCAAAGACAAAUCUUGAGAGUAAAGGACCGGGACGAGUUUCCCAUGAUUCUAGUGGGUAACAAAGCCGAUCUUGAACAACAGAGACAAGUCACCCAGGAGGAAGGCCAGCAGCUUGCCCGACAACUCAAAGUUACAUACAUGGAGGCCUCCGCAAAGAUCCGUAUGAAUGUAGACCAGGCUUUCCAUGAGCUGGUUCGAGUCAUAAGGAAGUUCCAAGAACAAGAGUGCCCACCCUCGCCGGAGCCCACGCGCAAAGAGAAGGAUAAGAGCGGCUGCCAUUGUGUGAUCGUCUAAUUGGCCUCUCACUGCCGCCACUCACCCAGCUGCUGUCACCAGUCCCCGCCCCCCACCCUGCCUUCUGACAUCACAUCCUGUGUGGAUGAACUCGCUGCCUUUCUACAUGUGCAUGUCUUUGAAACAGCAGUCUCUCUCAUAGCCUUAUCAGGGGCAUUUUAGGCCUCUAGGACUUCACUACUAGAAGAACCAAACUGACGAAAUCUUCAUCAAACCUUCAACUAGAGUCCUGACAUCAGUGUGACUUAUAUUGCGAGUAGAAUCCAGUAGUUGUGCCCCAACACUAAACAUCGCUUCUUAUCAGUUUGCUAUAUAAACACACACCAAUUCCUUUUUUUGUAUUUUGAAGGAUUUUUGUCUUGUGACAUAUGUACUUUUGAUGAGCUCAAAAGACUGAAAAGACAACAUUGGGAUGGCUGAUGAGUAAAGCGUUUAGUCCCACGAGAUCUAAUGUGAGACGAUGCUCUGAGGCUUUGUGUGUGUUUCUCGUGCCAUAUUGGUUUUUACUUCCAUAUGCUAAGCAGAAGUUGUACAUACGUGAUGAUCUGCCUUUAUAAUGAUGUGUGAGGUUAAUGAGCUUGUUUGGACUUGCAUUGAAACAACAAUGUACUCGCAUAUAUGUACAUAGACAGCCUCUAACGCUAUGACAACAUUUCCCUUUGUCAGCAGUGAAAUCAAAUCAUUUUUAUUUUUGCCGGGAUGCCUUUAAGUUCAUCAGCCUUUUGAAUCUUUGUCGUGAGGCUUCUUGGCAUUUACGGAUUUGAAUCUUUUCCGUUCCGUGAUCUCAGAUUGUGAAUUGAAUUAUUCGUCUAGCCAGAUUGUUAAAGCCUUUUUGACUCUCAGCUUAGAUUUCUACAGACUGUCUUCAGACUCAGGUUGCUGCAUUCACACUGUUUUUACAUCAUUCUUACAACAGUCGCUCUCCCAGAAUAGUGCACAGUAGAGCCGGGCCAUAUGAAGGUUUAUGGUGUUGCGAAAAUGUCACCCGCAUCACAUUUUUUUAUUCUGUGUGUACUGUACUAUGUAAAUAACCUCUACUCCUGCAUGUAAGAUCGGGUGAGACAAAGAAACAUGGAGAAGGAUAAUCACACACAUCAAGAGUACCCACACUAUAAAAACCCAACAUUGGGUCAAAAACGGACAAAAACAAUUGUUGGGUUAACACAAAAAAAUGCUCAUAUUUAACCCAGCAAUGGGUUGUCCCUUUUUGACUCAAUGCUGGAGUACACAUGUGAAUCCCAAGCAGGUGGGGCAUAUUAUUAAAAGAGGUGCAACAUUUGUGUUGGUGGCAUGGUUUGUUCAUGCUCCUUUAGCUUGGUUGGUAGAGCAUUGCAUUAUUAAUGCAAAGCUCAUAGGUUAUGCUGCGUUCACACCAGCCGCGGUAGAGGCGUCAAGCGCGAGUGAUUUCAAUGUUAAGUCAGUGUGAAGACGCGGUGAUGCGUGUCUGGGGGUCUCGUGGCGCGAAUGAGGCGUUUAGCACGGCACCGUAGACGCAAUUCCGCUUCAUCCACGCAUCUCGCGCAAAUUGAACGUUGCCGCGGCAAAUGCGCGAGUUGAAAAAUUUGAACUUUGGCAGGAAAACGCGCCACGUUAACCAAUCAGGAGCUUGCUCUAGUAGUGACGUGAAUACAGGAAGUGAACGGGGUUGCAAAAGCCCCUCCCAUGACGCGAAUUUCCGCGUGAAUGUCUCGCUGACUAGAAUUUUACGAGUGAAUGAAACGAGUAAACUCAAACUUUUCAAGCGGCAAACUAGGCGCGGUACACGCGAAUUUGACGCCUCAAACGCGGCUGGUGUGAACCCACGGUUAGAUUAUCUACACUAAAAAAAUCCCUUGUUGCACUUUAAUUUUUAAGUUUAAUGAACUUGAAUUUACAAUUCAAUUCAACUUUUUGGACUAGUGAGGAGAUGCUAUAAAUUAUAAAAAAUAACUUAAGCUAAUUCAACUAUAUUUUUAAUAAUUUAUAGAAACUUCUCGCUAGUCAAGAAAGUUGAUUAACUCUUUCCCCGCCGUUGACGAGUUACCUCGUCAAUUAAGAGAAAAUAUUUGCAUUAAAAAAACGUGUUUCUGAAUAAUUUUUAUGUUAAUCUGCAAUACUUAACCAAUUUAUGAAAAAACUGAAGCCAAAACGUUAUUUUCAAAUUUUAAACUCUAUGUAUGUUUUGAUAAUCGUUUUGAAUCUGAUCUCUUAACAAAAUUCCUUCACAAAAAUGCAAUUAUUUCAGCUUUUUGCUAAAAAAUUGUAUUUGUUAAAGAAAAAUACCCAUAUUUAAAAAUAUAGAUAGGAUGAAACGGUUUUUCCCCAUUUUUUUUUUUUUAAACCAAAGGGUCUGUUCUUUCAUUUGAUAUAUUUGCAUGUUUAUAUAUUUUUGGAAGAAAAUUUUCCUGGAAAGCACUUUGUGAAAAUCACAAAAACUGCUGGCAGACAACUUUUAAAAAAAUGGCUAGUGGGGAAUGAGUUAAACUUAAUCAAAUCAAAGUGUAACAAGGGAUUUUUUUUCAGUGUAAAACUAAUACAUACUGAUAAAAUGUAUUGUUUGAAUGCACUGUAAGUCGCUUUAAAGAGAAGCGUCUGCCAAAUGCAUCAAAUGUAAAAUGGUUUGGGUUUCUACUGUAAUAUAAUAAUUACUUAUAACAUAAAACAGAUUUAUGGUCAUACUGCCGACCCCUGGUGCACAACACGCUCAGUGUUUUGUAUUAGGUGGUCCACCAUUACAGAUAAUACAGAGAUGUUGUCUCUGAAAUAAGUGUAUCUUUUUCAGGCCUUACAUUUUAAUUCACUUGUACACUGAUUUUGUUUUAAAAAUGUAUGGACAUGGUUGCUAGCGACAGAAGAACAUCUAACAUAAUUGCUAUCUCUUCUAAGUAUUUUUUUCUUGUGUAUGAUCAGAGGAAAAUGAGUCUUUUGAGACAUCUCAUCUAAUGCUUUUUUAAUCAUCCAACUGAAAACGUAAAUUCACAUUCCCUCAAGAGUGCUCUGUUUUUAAUAUGGCUUGACUGCAACGAGAGGUUGAUGCCUUUGUGACAUUCACACUUAAAUUUGAUAUAUUGUCAUGAAUCAAGUGACUUACUUAUACUCCAAGGGUUCAUAUCACUGUCAUGCCACAUUUUGUGUUUUGUCUUCCUUUAUCAGCGUGCAUUUCUGUAUGAGGGAUACAAAUAAACUUUUCGUUUUGUCUUUUA